CAAGUCAGUUGUACACGUUCUUGAUUUUUUUUUACUAGUUUUCUUAUGUUCUACAUGCAGAUUAAGUAAUUAAUAGCUGGUCUCUGAUUUACUUGUUAACUAAAGCAGCGAAGGACAAAGAUGGGUUCGAGAUUUGCAGCUUGGAACAUCUUCCUGUAUCUCCUUUUUAUGAUUGCUCACAGAAGUGGUGCCACUGAGAUGACUGACAUACUCUCAGAGUUGGAAGAGUUAAUAGGCCAAAACCAUGAUGCCCAUCAUCAUGUUCGUCUUGCUCAUCCAUCAUCACACCUGGAUCACAUGGAUCCUUCAUCUAUGGUGUUCUUCACCAUGAAAGACCUCAAAAAAGGGACCACUAUGCCCAUCUAUUUUCGCGUCAAUGAACUUUCAAAUGUUUUUCCUCAUUUGUUGCCAAAAGAAGAAGCUGAUUCAAUUCCCUUUUCGCUUGAACAACUUCCCUUCCUUCUCAAACACGUCUCCCUUUCGAAAGACUCAGCUCAAGCCAGAGCAAUGGAAAAUACACUCAAGCAAUGUGAAAAUCAACCCAUUGAAGGCGAAAUUAAACUGUGUCCAACAUCUUUAAAAUCCCUGCUCGUCUUUGCCCGAAGUGCUUUCACUUCGGGGACCAAAUUUAAAAUUGUAUACACUAGACGCCUCAACAAAUCAACAACUGUUUUCCAAAAUUACACUAUCCUGGAAGUCCCCGAAAAGCUAUUUGCUCCCAAGAUGGUAGCUUGUCACUCCAUGCCUUACCCUUAUUCAGUUUUUUACUGCCACAGCCAAGAGACUGAAAACAAGGUAUACAGUGUUUCACUGGUGGGUGACAAUGGAGACAGAGUGGAAGCUAUUGCAGUUUGCCACAUGGAUACCUCUAAAUGGAGCCGCGAUCAUGCAUCGUUUCGCGUGCUUGGUAUCGAACCAGGGAGCUCCCAUGUUUGCCAUUUCUUUCAACCAGAUAAUCUCAUAUUUAUUCCAGUUUCUUCAUCGAUUAGUAACAUGUAAAUCUAUGUUAUGCUGCUUGGUUGUGGUGUGCGCCUUUCUAAGUCUUCUGCCAAUAAAUGCAGUUUAGAUUGUUGUGUAUCCAGUGUGAAAUGUUGCUGCACAUGGGCGGACCUUGCAAGGUAAUAAAUUGUGCUAAUUGUUGUGAA